AUGCCUCAAUCAAGGCCGAAGCCCUCAGAGAUCGCCGCGGAAGCCAAAAAGACAUAUAUACCCUACAUCGAGCGAGCUAUGCGGCAAUACCCAGCCCGAUCCAUACUGUAUCCCGAUUCUUCUCUGAUGCGAGUGAAGGGUAGUACUAGACCUAGCCAAAGACUACGAGUGGCCGUAAUCGACGGAGAUCCAGUUGACGUUGCCCUCGACUGGUACCGUCACAAUACCAAAGAUGGACUGCCGUCACCUCCUACUUCUCAGAUUCCUGUGGUCAAUAUGGCGAACGAGAAACGCGCAGGCGGUGAUUGGGAAUCCGGUCUGAUGGCGCCAGAGGAAUGUCUUGCUCGACGGAGCAAUCUUGUGCAUACAUUGGUCACACCGUGGGAUUAUAGCAAUGCCACGCCGCAUUACCCCAUGCCCCAAAGAGGGGGUAUCUACUCGCCACACGUUGUCGUGUACCGUGAUGGACCUGAUCACUACGAACUGUGGAGAGACUUCAGACCGUUGCCAGUCAUCUCCGUUGCACCAGUGAGACGUCCGAAGCUGGACGAGAGCGGAACGCAGUACUCUUUCGUGCAGGAGAAGGGACUCAUGAUGGAGAAGAUGCGCACCAUACUCCGCAUUGCCGCCUACGCAGGCCACAAAGACAUCUGCUUGGGGGCGUUCGGCGUGGGGCCGAUCUUCCGCAAUCCGGUGGCAGAAGUCGCAAGAAUGUGGAGGAUACUCUUGUUCCAUGAAGAAGAGUUCAAAGGUGUUUUCUCCAACGUCGUCUUUGCCAUUGAGAGCAACCAACCUGGCAAUUCCAAGGGGGGCGCAUCGGACUUUGAGGUGUUCAGGGAAGAGUUCAGUCCUUCCAAGAUCUUUCCUACUACAUGGCGCUAG